AUGCGAUGCCAAUGUGGGCAUUGGUUCAAGUUGAUCGACAUGGAACGGUUUGAACAAGAACGUGAAAAACAUUGGCAACAGAUAAAGGAUAAACCCGAAAAUGCCAAACUUCUCCAGGCUCUGACUGACGCAGAGAAUGAAUUGAAUCGCCUCAUGGAACAAGGCAAAGAUCUCAAAAGAAACAGCCCAGGUGCUGAUGAUCUCCUUGAAGCAUUGUCUAUUCAGUGGCAGAAGUUGAAGAACGCCUAUUCAGCUAUUCGUCUAAAAAUGGAACUGCCUUAA